AAUGAUUAUUAAAAAGAUUGAAGGUAUUUUUAAAAACCGUAUCUGUCAAAAUGUUGACAGAUUUGAAAUACCCGCGAGUGAACGAAACGAAAGUAUAAUUGAUAUUUUAAAAUGUCGAUACCAGUAAUCGCUGCCCUUAGACAACCAAAGCAAGUAAAUAAACCUAAGAAAUCGAAGAAAUUUGACGAUGAUUACGUGAUAAUAACAAUGAAGGAUAAUAAAAAAUUGGUAGUCAAUUCCGAUGGCUACCAUGGAAUUGUAAGAAUGGAAGAAAAAUUUGUCUGCGUUCUUUGUAAUUACGAAAUAAAUUUGGAUGAGAAACUAAAAGCAGAUCAUAAAGUUAAGAAAACUCAUUUGAAAACGCUGACAUUGUUUCCACACGUAGAAAGUUUUCGUGACAAUUUGAUACGUCAGUUAAACAAGAAUGGAUGCUAUUGUACUAUCUGUAAUGUCAUGGUGUCGACACAUUAUUUGAUGUGUCAUGUAGAUGGAGAACUUCACAAGCAGGAACUAGAGAAGGCAGUUAUAAGAGCAAAUACAUAUAAACCUAAAUGAAUACAUUAAUAAUAUAUUACUAUCUUUAAUUAAAUUUUUAAUACCUUUUGAAGAAAAUAUGUUAUUGGAGAUUCCUUCUCACUAAAAUUCAGUGCCGAACCUAAAGUGCGACCAUCUCGGGAUCUCACGGAACUGAGCUGAACUUCUGCAGGAUUCCAGGAAAAUACUAAGUCAUGUCUUUACAAAGAUACAGCAACAUGGGACUACAUUUUCUACGAUAAUUUUGAAUGCCUGGAUGUCUUCAAGAGUGAAUAGGCACUUACUAUAGUGUGUACCAUAUUUCAAUUGAACCAUUUAACCUUAGUUGAAAGGUCAAUUGCAAGCUAAAUUAUAAGAAAAUGUAUAGAAAAGAUUUUAGAAAAGUAUAACAG